AUGCUGACGGUGUCUUCAAAAACUUCUUCAUUUGGGUCAAAUGUACUUUCUAAAAGUGAAAUAAAUGAAGCAAGACGUGAUAUCAAACACGAAACUGAUACAGAUCAGAUAUUUGGAGCUAAUUCUGGAAAAGGAUCGUCAGCUACUAGUGCUUUUGUCAAUAACAUAAACGAAUUAGAAAGUGACCAGACUAUGAUUAAUCUCGCAGCGAUUUCGAUGGAAAUGUUAGCUGAAAUAACAACUUCGAAAGGGUCAACUUCUGAAGUCAAAAAUACAAAAAGUCCAGUAAAAAAAGCACGAAAGCAAGGAGCGCAAAAAUUUAAGCCUUCAAAUGUCUGGAAUCACUUCUCGCGAUUACUUAAUGGUAACGUACUUUGCGUGCAUUGUGGAAAAGUGCUAAAACGCAAAGAUAGCUCAACAAAGACAAUGUGGGGUCAUCUGCGAGCAGUGCACUUCAAAGGCAAUAAUGAAAUUGAAAGUGUGGUUAGUGAAAGAGCGGAAGCAAGCAUGAUUCUUGAUGACUUUUCUUCGACUAGGACCCUCACAACUCAGAAUCUACUUGAACAACAAGUUGGAAUUCUUUAUGACAUUCCUUCGAAAAAUCAACAGUCAGUCAACAUUAUGAAUGAUAUCACACCAAUAAUUUGGCCUAUUAUUCCGAAUGCUUCUAAAACAAAUUUGGAAAUUGGUGAAGAGCAGAAUCUAAGGAAUAAUAUCAUGUCAGAAUCAGAAUUCAAUAACGUUAGCGACAAGAAGUCACUCAACUUUCUUUCAACAAUUCCUCACUCCGUUGAAGUAAUUAAAAUUAACAGUGGCAGCAGCUCUAGUGAUCGCAACAAUCCAUCAUAUUCUCCUAACGAAGAAUCAAAAAAGAUGCAUGGUACUGAUAUACUGCACAGCAAUGCAUCCGCCACAUCAGCUACGAUAUCCAAUCCUUCAGAAACAUUUAUUUUCAGUAAUACAAAUCAUCUACCAACUACACAUUCUAUGCAGCGUGCUGCUGACAUUUCAGCUCCAUUUUCGAUAUUUGAUCCGGAAUCAGUGGCUUUAUUUAUGCGAACUGCUAAUGAUUUAAACUGUACAUUGUCUUAUCACUCUCGCUGUUCUCAACCUCAGCUAUGUCUUGAAUCCAACAUUACUGCAGCUAAUAAACUAAAAGGCUUAGAGGUGUCUAUAACGGAAAAUAACGAUGUGGUGUACAUCAAAGUUCAAUCUGAUGGUAUAGAAAUUCAAAAGGAAAUGUGGAAAAAAACGGAUAAGAUACAAUUUAUGUGGGCGAUACGAGGAAAAUGUCAGAAAGUGCUGACGGAGUAA